AUGGGUUCUAAAUUUUAUCUCAAGCAAGAAAUACUUGUUGAGAUUUUGAUUCGAGCAAGAAUAGAAACGCUAGAUACAUUCAAAGUGGCCAGCAAGGAGUCUAACGAGUUAGCUGGUGAAUCGUGGUUCAUUGAAAAGUACGCUCGGAAAACAAAAAAUAUCAUAGGAUAUAUUGUUCAAACACUUGAACGUUUUACUUGUUCUUACAACUUUGUAUCCAUCAACCCAUCAUUAGAGGUUCCAGGUAUUUCUAUAGAGUGUUUCCGAGAUGGCAUGAAGAUCUUGGCAUCUUCUAAACAAGGAAUUUUGUGCUGCCGAAAGCCACCGGGAAACACAACUUUCAUAUGCCAGAUUUUCCAUUCAAAAUUUUGGACAUGGAGACAAUUGGAAGACCUCGUAAUGGAACACGACACUAUUUUUUCCAAUCAACCUACUGUUUGUAUAGGUGGCAUAGUCUAUUUGCUGACAAAUCACAACACAAUUUUGACUUUCGACUCGACAACCGAAACUCACACAGAGUUUCCAAGUCCAAUAGUGGCGAUCGAAGAUGACAAAAACUACAGCAAAGAGCGAAUCGUUGAGUACAAGGGAAAGCUAGGGUUUACCUGUGAGUACAAAUUGAAUGAAGUGUGGCUUUGGGGGGUAGAAGACAACAGAGAUUACAGGUGGGAGAUAAAGAGGGUAGUGAGAAUUGAUAAGGAGAAUAAUAGGUUAAUAGGGUGUAGUCUUGCAGACAUGGCGCUUAUGAUUGGGUAUAGUUAUCAAGUGAGCGGUUCCCAUUACUAUAAGGAUAUUUUCCCGUUCAGGUCGGAUUGGGAGCCGGUGGAUCUGGAGGAUGGAUGCAUGCUGAGUGGGUUGGAAGAGUUGAUUACUGCUAGUUAG